AUGCCCGCCGAUAAACAAACCCGAUCUAACACCUCGAAACCACUCACACCCGCCCUCAGUGCAAAUUUCCGCACGGUCAAAAGCCCAUUGACACCGAGGGUGGUGGGUUCUGCUGCGUCUUCCCCCAACUUGUCUUCUCGCAGGGACCCUUUCGUCAGGUCAAAAUCACCUCCCAAACCCGAUCAGACCACGACACCCCUAAAUGGAAACAUCACUCCUCGGUCUGGUGCGAGAAAGUCACGGGUCGGAACAGAGUCUCCUCUGACCCCGGCACAACCGAGGGGAACAGGCAACGGCCAGAGGUCAAGAGCGUCAUCGGGCAAUGAGUCGUCGAAACCUACUGGGGGUGUCAUGCGAGGCCUGGGCCUCACUAGCCCACGGCUUCCUGCGAGUACAGGUACUCUGUCAAAAGCAAAUACGUCAAGUUCUACGCCGGCAGGGGCAAUCCAUCGACGGUUGUCCGCCGCUAAGAGCAUGGUAGAGGGUGACAAAGAUACCACGUCGAAAUUCUUCCACGCGGACGAGGUGAGGCCCAUUGUUGGAUCCCCAGAGCCUGAUGAGGGCCACCGAUUUCCCCCACGGCCAGGGCACUUCUUCGUCGGGUCACCACCGCUAGCCAGAGAGAACGUUAGUGGGAAGGAGAACCUCGAUGAUAAAUUCUUCAGGGCAAACGAUUUAACUCCACAAGUACCCGCUCGGCGUAACGUCCUUCCUCACAUCUCAACAGAGAGGUUGAACAGCCCGGCCAUUACAACAGCUCCACACGGCUUUCGAAACACCCCGCCUCAAUCACCAAACAAAGUUCACAGAGGUAUCCUAACAGAACCCACAUCACCCCGAAAACUACAGCCUGGCCAGGCGCCUUCUUCGCCGGGGCCUCGAACGAGUGCCGAACGUCCUAAAAGCAGCUCAGGCAGCACGACCACAUCUCAACCGACACCGAAAGGCCAUCGAAAGUCAAUCAGCGCAAGCUCCAUAGGUUCGCCCGCUCUCAGGAAACUGAGUAAUACCAGAUCACAACCGCCCCAGCCGCUAGAUCUCCCCACCGCUCCUUCAGUGUCACCUCGGAUUCACGGGAAUGGCCUUCUGUCUCCGGAAACAUUGAGUCCCAGAUCUAUCAGCCUCGCAUCGACGAACACCCUCCCAACCUCUGUCACCAGCGACACGGAAUUUCCAGAAGCUACAAAGACGCCGAGCGUCUCCGGGCCGAGUUCAGACUCUAGAACAGACCUCACAAGCGCCUCGCAGUCUCAGUUGGAUCAAGCUGCUAACGCCCGCCGGGAACGCAAAGUUCUCGAUUUAGAAAUCUCAAAUUCUUCGUUGCUGGCCAUCAAUAAAACCCUGGAGCGUGAACUCCGCAAGCAGACAGGGGAGCUAAGAAGAUAUCGUCGACUGUCACGUUCAGGGAGAUUAUCUCUUGCAACGACAACACGAACAACUUCUGAACAAUCUAAUUUCACGCUCGGCACGGUCACGGAGUUUGACGAUGAAGAUCGUCAAUUUUCAGACGACAAUGACAGUGACCUAGAUGAUCUCGAUGACGAAGCUGAGUCUAUGCUAUCCAACGAGUCAGGUUCCAUGCUGAGUCCUUCCAUUCAAUCGCGCCAGCGUGCGAGAGACGAGAAGAGACUGAUGCAGGAUCUCUCGCGCCACCAACAACUCCUUAUUGAUUUCCAGAAACUCAGCCAAAGCAUCAAACGGUGCCUCACCUGUUCGGAAGAGCUCAUUCGAGAAGGCAACAAGGCCUUGGAUUACAGAGUGGGUAUAGGGGAUGUGAAGCUGGGAGGCAGAGUCUUGAACGAUGAUGAGCUGGAUGAAAGGGGUUUGGUGAACGGGGCCGAAGAACAGGAGGCAAGACAGGGCCUGUUAAGUCCCAGCGUCACCAAGGCGAACCUGGAUGAAGCCCAACUUUGGGGAGUUGGGCCUCCUCCAGCCAUAAUUGCCAGCGAAGUGACAGCGAUGCCUUCGUUGGACGAAUUAUCUGAUAUAUUGGAUUCCGUCAGCGCGCAGUUGGAGGAGACCUAG